CACAACCUCAAACGAUCGCGCGCUGGUGGUUAACAUAAAAUUUCCUAGGGAUUUUAGAAAUCAGUGACGAUGAGUUCAAUUUUCAGAGUAAUAUCCACGAGCUUUCAAUGCGUGGCUUGCAGUAGGAGUAAUUUAUAUCUUCCGUUUUCUCGCACACUUAGUAAGCUUACUGCAUCUCGAACAUUUGCAACAGACACACAGGAAAACCUAAAAAGGACACCACUAUAUGACUUUCAUUUGGAACAUGGAGGUAGAAUGGUUCCUUUCUGUGGUUGGUCUAUGCCUGUGCAAUAUAAUGAUGGUGUUUUACCCUCACAUUUACACACACGCCAGCAAGCCUCUCUGUUUGAUGUAUCACACAUGUUACAAUUCAAGUUACACGGAAAUGACAGGGUUAAAUUCUUGGAGAGUUUAGUCGUUGCUGAUAUUGAUGGACUUGGGGACAACACUGGAACACUCUCUUUGUUUACGACAGAAAGUGGUGGCAUUAUUGAUGACUUGAUCAUUAACAACACUCCUGAACAUUUAUAUGUUGUGUCUAAUGCAGGAUGUGCAGAUAAAGUUUUGAAGCAUCUCCAGGAAAGACUACAAGCUGUGAGUAAUGAUCUAGAUGUUGCUCUAGAAGUUCUUGAGAACAAAGCCCUUGUUGCAUUACAAGGUCCUCAAGCUGCCAAAGUUCUUCAGAGCGGUGUUCAAACUGACCUCAGUAAAAUGUUCUUUAUGCAUGGUGGUGUAAUGGAUGUGUUUGGAAUCAAGGAUGUGCGAGUUACUAGGUGUGGCUACACUGGAGAGGAUGGCUUUGAGUUGUCUGUAGAUAAAAACAGAGCUGUUGAUUUGGCCAAAGCCUUGUUAGAAAGUAAAGAAGCCGAGGUAAAACCAGCUGGACUGGGGCCAAGGGACAGUUUGCGACUUGAGGCAGGCCUUUGUCUCUAUGGAAACGACAUUGAUGAAGGCAUCAGCCCUGUUGAGGCAGUGCUUGUGUGGACAAUAGGGAAGAGGCGACGCGCCCAAGCAGAUUUUCCUGGAGCUGAAAUAAUCCUGAGACAGAUCAAAGAAAAAGCUAAAAGGAAAAGAGUGGGCCUGGUUUCUAAAGGACCUCCUGCAAGAGGUGGAACAACCAUUCUGGAUUCCGAUGGGAAUAAAAUAGGUCACGUGACCAGUGGAUGCCCGUCACCCAGUCUCAAGCAGAACAUUGCAAUGGCUUACGUGACGUCAGAGUUCGCCAAACCUGGGACAUCUCUCCAGUUAGAAGUGUACAAGAAAAAGAUCGAGGCUCAAGUUGUGAAGAUGCCUUUUUUGCCAACAAAGUACUUCUUUGGAAAGUGAAUUUCAACGUGAAAGCCAAAAGACAGUCGAAACAAGCGUGUAUGAUUUAGGAAUACUAUUUGAAAUUGAAUAGGGUUUGAAAUAAUGUGUGAAAAAUAUCGAAAAGAUAAUAUAAUCGAUUACUUAAUUUUAUUUUUUACAUGUAACAUGGUGGAGCCCCUAAUCAAAGUUUUAGUGCGCAAUACAGCAGUCAGGAGCUCUUUCUCAUAAUCAGAACUAGAUUUACUUUCUGUAGUCAAUCAUUUGUCGUCUUUUUAAAUUAAUAUUUGAAAGC